UCGGUAUGUCCUUUCCUCGCCAACAGCGCGUCAUUUUUAGCGCCGGAGGGAGCGGGUUGGAUGUCUGGAGCUGAGCUCAGAGCGGAGCACAGCCGGUGUCUUUGAGUGUGUUUUCCCGUCAGUUUGGAAUCGCUCGGAGAGGAAAGAUUACCAGGAGCAGCGCUGAGGUGGUGAAGGUGUGGAGGAGAUGGUUCCUGCAGCAGGAUGGACCGGAGGAAAGUCGUGCCCGGGUUCGUCCCCUGCUGUCUGUUACUGGCCCUGUCUGUCCCUGCAGAGGUCCAUGAAGGUGGGUACUUGAAUAUUGUGCAGAGUAAAGCUCUGCUCUCCUGUUCAGAAGGCUUUACCGAACUGGGCUACUAUAAUGGCUCAGUUUCCCACACGGACUCAGGCUCCCCCUGCCUGAAGUGGACAGACUUCCCAGACUAUAUGCAGCAGUACCCGGGCCGAGGCCUGGGGGAACAUAGCUUCUGCCGAAACCCAGACCGAGAGGCCAACCCCUGGUGCUUCUUCAGGCAGAGCUCUGGUGCCAUCGGCUGGGCCUACUGUGACUGCCAUCAGGGUGCAGCCAGAUUGGUGGGGGGGCCAUCAGACAACAGCGGACGUCUGGAGGUCUACCUGAAUGGCCAGUGGGGGGCAGUAUGUGACACGCACUGGACCGACCGUGAUGCCAGCGUCAUUUGCAGACAACUCGGACUGGGUGAGAUUGGCACAGCCCUGCAGCAUUCCUACUUCGGCCCAUGUUCCAUCUUCCACUAUGAGCGUCUGGGUUGCCGUGGUAAUGAGAAUUCCCUACUAGAGUGCCGGAGCAGGAAGUUUGUCACCACUGACUGUUACCAUGGCAACGAAGCAGGGGUGGUUUGUGCUGAACCUGAAGGCACUGGCAUCCCUUUGAGGCUGGUGGGAGGCCUGGAGGACUUUGAGGGCCGUGUUGAGGUGUACCAUGAUGGCAGGUGGGGAACCAUUUGCAAUGACCAGUGGGAUGACACUGAUGCUGAGGUGGUGUGCCGACAGUUGGGCCUGGGGGGCAUGGCCAAGGCAUGGACCCACUUCCGACAUGGUUUUGGUCCCAUCUUGCUGGAUGGGGUUCAGUGUACAGGCAAUGAACUCUGUCUGGAGGAGUGUCCUCAUAACAUCUGGGAGCAACACAGCUGUGACCACAUGGAAGACGCAGGGGUGUCCUGCAACCCAUACACAGUGUUGUCCUGUGUGGCUGCAGAUGGUGCAGUUCGUCUGGUGGGAGCAGACAGCCACUGGGAGGGUCGUGUGGAGAUUUACCACCAGGGAGAAUGGGGCACUGUGUGUGAUGACAACUGGACCGAGCUCAGCGCCAAGGUAGUGUGUAGACAGCUGGGUUUCAGCGGCCGAGCGGAGGUGGUUCCUAACGGGGUGUAUGAAGAAGGUCGCGGGCUGAUCAUGCUGGACGAGGUACAGUGUCGGGGAACAGAGGCCAGUUUACUGGCCUGCACCCACUCUGAGUGGGGCCAACAUGACUGCUCCCACAGUGAGGAUGUAGGUGUCCGCUGUGAGAAGAGAGGUGAUUCCAAUGAGAUAUCAGGCCUGUUGCCUCUUAUUGGUCCUCUGGUGCGUUUGGUUGCUGGAGAGAGCAGGAAGGAGGGUAGAGUGGAGGUCUUCAUUAAUGGCCAGUGGGGAAGCGUGUGUGAUGAUGGCUGGAAUGAUGUCAAUGCAGCUGUGGUUUGCAGACAGCUGGGAUUCACCGGUGUAGCUAAAGCUCGAUCCAUGGCGUAUUUUGGUGAGGGUCGAGGUCCCAUCCAUCUGGACAACGUUCAAUGCUUGGGCACCGAGAUAUCCUUAGGCCAGUGUCCGGCUGUGGGUCAAGAUGGCCAUGACUGUCGCCACAGUGAGGAUGCAGGUGUCAUCUGUGAUUACACCCUGGAUCCUGUGGGAGAUGGUGCCAUGGCAAUGCAGACCUGUGGCCUGCGUCUCAAUAACCAGCGUCGUCGACGCAGGAUCAUAGGAGGAGAUAAGUCACUGAGGGGUGAGUGGCCCUGGCAGGUGUCUCUGUGGCUCAGGUCUCAGUCUAAAGGCAAUCAUCCUCUGUGUGGAGCAUCACUUAUCAACCCCUGCUGGGUUGUGACCGCCGCCCACUGCUUUAAGAGAUUUGGCAGAGACCCCACCCGCUACGUGUUACGCCUGGGUGACUACCACACUGAGGAGCAGGAUGACUUUGAACGCACCUUGUCCCCUGAACGCAUCGUUAUCCACAGAAAGUACCACACUCAGGGCUGGGAGUACGACAUCGCCCUACUGCGGCUCAAAGGCACAGAGGGCAACUGUGUGGCAUUCAACCCUCAUAUUGGUGCAGUGUGUCUGCCAGAGCCAGGUAACAAGUGGGAGAAGAGGCCUGCUGCCUGUGUGAUCACUGGCUGGGGCAUCACAGACUCAGCGUAUUCCCGGACUCUGCUCCAGGCCUGGGUCCCCCUUCUACCAGCCUGGAAGUGUAAGAAGCGAUACGGUGAUCGCUUCACCAGCCGUAUGCUGUGUGCCGGGAGCCUGUCAGAGCACCACCGUGUGGACAGUUGUCAGGGUGAUAGUGGGGGUCCGCUGGUUUGCCAGGGGGAGGGGGGGCGUUGGAUGCUGACAGGAGUCAUCUCCUGGGGUCAUGGCUGUGGUAACCCUUCUUUCCCUGGGGUGUACACACGUGUUAGCAGGUUCCUGCGAUGGAUCGAGAAGGUCAUCAACAAACUCUACAACAACUAAUGAUGGAGAAUAACACUGGAUAACCAAUGUUAAGUGGCCUCAGGGCUUGUGGUAGGAGGUGUGUAUUGGUAAGAAUUAAGCCUGCUGGCCAUUGUUUCUGUGAUGUGCCUCCUGAACACCUACACUGAGCUUGUCGGAUCAUUUGUUUCUUUUAUCACUUCAAAAACCAUGUUAAUGAUAUUGUAUAAUGUCACGCAGUGUGAACUAAUGCCAAAUUUCCAUACAGUAGGGUUGGUAGGUAGCUUAUGUUGUAGAUUUGACAUUCGCCCAAACACCCAUGUGCCUGUUUCUUGCACGUCUUCAUCUAACCAGUUCAAUGGCUGCUUCUUUCAUCCCACGCUCACAAAAGGGUAUUUAAAACUGAUCUGCCAACACAAAAGCACUAAAAAAAACAACUUUUUCCUUAUCUUGCAGUGAAAACCAAUCAUUAGUGCUUGUAGAGUUAGCAGUGCUUUGCUGACCAAUAAGACUGCGUCACAAUAUUAGCCUUCCAAUGGGGUGCCUGUAGAAAGCUAUAAAUGUGAAGCUUCAUGGUUCCCAAGUUGAGAAUCUGAUCCGAAGUGGAAAAACCUGCCCGAACCCAACGUGCAGAAAUACAUUUUGAUUUAUCGACAGUACUAUUCCAGACAGAAUAGUAUCCAUCCAGACAGACUGGAUUAGAGAAAGACAUGUUGACACAUAGACCUGAGACUUGUGGCACUCGAAUUUGUAUCUGGCUACUAGGAACCAAGUGGACCCAUGAAGACCUCUACUGGUACAGUUAAAUAAUGCUAUACUAAGCCAGUCAUGUGAAAAGUUGAAUGACAUUGCACUAAAAAACAUGCUUUACAAUCACACUGGGUCACCUGUAAUUACAGGUCUAUAAUAACAUUUACUAUCAACUACCAUAAAGUUAAAAAAAAAUAAGCUAGUCCAUUGAUAGGCUGUCUACUCAUUGCUUAGGACCAAGACUGAAUUACCAAUCAGACAAAACGGUCACAUUUAAGUGUCAAGCUGGGAAACAGGGAGAGGACCCAAAUGCAGACAGCAGGUUCAGUUCAGUUGUUUUAAUGAAAAGAACAAGGCUUACUCCGGCUCUAGACAGGCAGUGGUCACAACGAGGUAAGCAGUCAAAAAAGGCAAACAAGUCCAGCAGGGAGCCAGCAAAAACCAAAAGUCCAUAAACAAAGGUACACCAGAAACACAGCAUUAAUCCAAGAGACAAAUGGUAAAUGGACUGUACUUAUAUAGCGCCUUUCUGACUACUCAGAGUGCUUCAACUACAUAUCACAUUCACCCCAUUUACACACAUUCAUACAGCGAUGGCAGAACUGCUCAUCAAAAUAAC